UGAUUGUCUUAUAUAAUGUAUAGCCAUGUUACUAAGAAUCACAAGCCAACUUUCCUCUACUCACCGCCUAGUUGUCUCUUCAUCUUCCUUAGAUUCACUUCCUUUUUCUUUGUCUUCUUCUCUCCAAAAGCCCUCUUUGUGUAGACAGGAAUCUUUUAGCAUACAGGCAGCACAGAUAGAUCUUUCAGUGCUGUACAUUUGACCAACUUAGUUUUAUCUCUACUCUCAUAUUACACACUAUAUAUAAUUAGGACUCUCAAUAUAUAAAGGUGAACAUGCAGAUUUUUCAAUGGCUCUUCAAGGUGACACCGGAACAACCAAGAGAUGUUAUUUUAUCUCCUAUGAACAAUGGAAAAGACGCUAAAUCAAAAGAUAUAAUCUUGUAUAAGCAUCGAAGAAGAUCGAAGAGAGUUAAAGAAGGUGAUCAUUUGUGUUUUGAGUACUACUGCAAGCCAUUUGCAUUUUCAUGUAGAAAAGAUAUUGCAAAGGCUUGUUUCUAUAGCACUCUGAAUUUGAGACAAGUUGGAAGGGAAAGCAGAAGACAGCAUUGGAUCCAUUCUAUGAAGAUGAAGAAAGAAGAUACAGUUCGAGGAUUAGGCAGCAGUAGUCACAAAACAGAUUCAACCUCUCAUGUUGCAGCUGGGAAUAAAGUUUUACCUAUAACUGACUCCACAUUGUCAUCCUCCACAGCCGCAAAUCAGCAACAAAGCUCACAAGAAAAGAAAGAGAACAAGCUUGAUAAAACCAGAACAAUGUCACGAAUGAAGGAGCUGCUUAGAUGGGCUGCUGCUGCAAAAUCAGAGAAGGGAGCCAAAUUUAUUGGCAGAAAGGUUCUACAGUUUCGAAAUCGAUCAGUUUUGAAAGCAGUGCCGGAUGAUGAACAAUUAAGCCUGGAAUCUCCUAAGAUAAGUUUCAGGUGGGAGGUGGAAAGUUGCUCCACCACUCCAUCUGUCUACUCUGGAAUUUCAAUGGCUUCUUCAUCGAAGAAUUAUGAUCAUCAAACCAACAUAAUAUCUUUGAAUUCAACUCCUAUUCAUGACAUGAGUCAAUUCACUCCAAGAAAAGGAAAUUGGAUCACCACAGACUCUGAAUUUGUGGUGCUAGAGCUAUAAAGAAAAGAUCUAAAGAGGUUGGAGAAGAUAUGACUGAUCUUGCAUGGAUCUGAAACAAAUUGAAGAACUGCGGCUUGAUUAGUCAAUUGUUAUAAGAGUAUUUAUAGAUGGGUUUGGCUCUAUUUCUUUUUAUUAGUGAAGAUAUUAGAGAGCAUUGAAAUGUAACAAAAACUUCUUGAAGAUGGCCUACAUUGCAUGCAUGCUUUACUUAAUUAACCAAUUAUAUCUUCUAUUA